AUGCUGUCGGAUGCAGACUAUUCUGGAAAUGCUUCUGGGGCCCGGCGAGGAAAGAAGAGGAGCUCCGGGGAAUCGCCGGGGGACAGCCAGACCCUGCGCUCCUCUGGAAGGCAGAGCAAUGUCCGGGUGAAGCGCACCAACAAUCCACCACCUGGACAGAGCAAAAGAAAAGCCACAGACACAGAGGAGGAAGACGACCAGUCCGAGAAGAAGUACAGAAAGUGUGAGAAGGCCGGAUGCUCUGCCACAUACCCAGUCUGUUUUGCAAGUGCAUCUGACAGGUGUGCUAAAAAUGGAUACACAUCUCGCUGGUAUCAUCUGUCGUGCGGUGAGCAUUUUUGCAACGAAUGUUUUGAUCACUACUACAGAAGUCACAAAGAUGGCUAUGAGAUAUUUGCUUCCUGGAAGAAGGUGUGGACCAGUAAUGGGAAAAGUGAGCCCAGUCUCAAAGCUUUCAUGGCAGAUCAGCAGCUACCAUUCUGGGUUCAAUGUACUAAACCGGACUGCAGGAAGUGGCGUCAGCUGACCAAGGAGAUCCAACUCACGUCUUCCCUCGCAGCAUCGUACCGCUGUGGGAUGAAGUUCAACAACAUUAAAAGUGAGGGGCCGGACCAUUGCUCCCAACCAGAGGACUUGAGAGUGGCUGAGGUGAUGGACAGCUGGUGGCAUUCAAUGUUGAUUUUGCCGCCGUUGUUCAAAGAAAGUCCAGCCAGCCCGUUCCUCGCUGCGUAUUACCCUGACUGUGUGGGGAUGAGUCCGUCCGGUUGCCCCAGCAACACGUCACUGUCUGAGCUGAGGGCCGACCACUGCAGAGCCGUGCAGCCACAAAUUCCAGGCCUGUGUCCAUACUUCCAGCCCUUCUACCAGCCCAAUGAGUGUGGCAAGGCUCUGUGUGUGCGGCCGGAUAUGAUGGAGCUGGACGAGCUUUACGAGUUUCCAGAGUUUUCCCGUGAUCCCACCAUGUAUUUGGCUCUGCGGAACCUUAUUCUGGCCUCCUGGCACAAGAACUGCAAGGAGGUGCUGACUUCUCAGAAAUGUGCCCUCCACAUCAUUGUGCGGGGGUUGGUGCGUGUGCGCUGCGUGCAGGAGAUGGACCGGGUGCUCCACUUCAUGACCAGGAAGGGCCUCAUCAACACCGGCGUGCUGGCAGUGAAGACGCCUCUGCUGCCUGAGAGACACUACACUAAAAAUGUUAUCAUCGUCGGUGCCGGGGCUUCAGGACUGGCUGCAGCACGGCAGCUGCAAAACUUUGGCACUCAGGUGGUGGUGCUUGAGGCUAGGGAGAGAAUUGGAGGCCGUGUGUGGGAUGACACUUCACUGGGCGUCACUGUAGGCCGAGGAGCUCAGAUUGUCAACGGCUGUGUGAACAACCCCAUCGCCCUGAUGUCUGAACAGAUGGGCAUCAAGAUGCACAAACUGGGAGAGCGCUGUGACCUUUUCCAAGAAGGGGGACAGGUUACAGACCCCGCCAUCGACAAGCGCAUGGACUUCCACUUCAACGCCAUCCUGGACGUGGUGUCAGAGUGGAGGAAGGACAAGUCUCAGAACCAGGACACGCCCCUGAGAGAAAAGAUCAAGGAAGUGAAGAAGAACUUCCUCCAGGAGUCGGGGAUCCAGUUCAGUGAGCUGGAGGAGAAGGUGCUUCAGUUUCAUCUCAGCAACCUGGAGUUCGCCUGUGGAAGCACGUUGGACCAGGUAUCGGCAAGAUCUUGGGACCACAAUGAGUUUUUUGCCCAGUUCUCAGGAGACCACACUUUACUCACCAAGGGCUACUCUGCUUUACUGCACAAGCUGGCCGACGGCCUCGACAUCCGCACCAAGUGCCCGGUUCAGGCCAUUGAAUAUUCAGGUGAUGUUGUCAAAGUUACCUCCUCCAAUGGCUCACAGUGGACAGCACAGAAGGUGCUUGUUACAGUCCCAUUGACUUUGCUGCAGAAGAACAUGAUUCAGUUCAACCCUCCGCUCCCUGACAGGAAACUGAAAGCAAUCCACAGUCUGGGAGCCGGCAUCAUAGAAAAGAUCGCUCUUCAGUUCCCGUACAGGUUCUGGGACAACAGAAUCCAAGGGGCGGACUACUUUGGUCACAUCCCACCCAGUCCAGACAAGAGAGGCAUGUUCAGUGUCUUCUACGACAUGGAGCCUCAGGGGAAGCAGGCUGUCCUCAUGUCGGUCAUCACUGGUGAAGCUGUGGCUGCUGUGCGGGACAUGGAGGACAAGCAGGUGGUGGAUGAGUGCAUGAAGGUCCUGAGGGAACUUUUCAAAGAGCAGGAGGUCCCAGAGCCGGUGCAUUUCUUUGUGACACAUUGGACCAAAGACAUGUGGUCCCAGAUGUCCUACAGCUUUGUGAAGACGGGGGGGAGCGGAGAGGCCUACGACAUCCUGGCUGAAGACGUGCAGGGAAAAGUCUUCUUUGCUGGAGAGGCCACCAACAGACACUUCCCUCAGACUGUGACCGGAGCCUACCUGAGCGGGGUCAGAGAGGCCAGCAAGAUGGCUGCUCUGUAGACUGCCACUGAACACUCAAACACACCAGCAUGGACCCUUAAAGUCUGCAGUAACCUGAAUAACUCUAUAAAUGACACUUCACUGUUAUGGGAUGUGUUUGACCAGCAGGACGCCGUCUCUCUCCAUCAGCCGGGUCAGAGGCUCUUUUCAAGGCCAGGCUCUUCAUUUUUAACGAAAGAAGGCUUAAGACUUUGGUUGGAAAACAAUUGUUGGUAACCAGAUAAAGAAUUCAUAGCAACACACAGAAAACAGCAAACCCCUGCGCAGCUCUGCCUGGGUCCGCUAGGAUGGAAAGCAGGAUUACGGUAUAUUACAUUUGAGUUUAAUUUGUGAUGUAUGUAGCACUUAAUGAUGAAAAAAGUCAGAAAACGUAAUUUUGAAAGAUUAGCUUUGCAUGAAACAUUGGUUUACUCUCGUUUUAUCAGGAAGUAAGUCAAAUUGUAUCUCCUUGGUUCAAGAUUCAAGUGAUUAUAUUUAAAUCUAUUUUCUUUUGAGAGUUACCUACCAAUGUUUUAAGCAGAUAUAAUACAUUUUCGUUAUAUGUUGGUACAAAUUGAAGAAAGGUUAGACAUAUAGUACUUCUGUGAUAGCACUUUUGAUUUAAGCGACUUUUUGAUUUAAAAAUGUUAAGAAAAUAAAUGAAUAGUUCAUGUGUAAGACAAGUUAUAUAGUGAGUAUGAUUUGAGGAUGGUCCCCUCACUGUCUCAGGGAUGUGAUCAAGACACCUAGCAGAACAUAAUGGAGAAUGGACAAUUGUGAAAAUGGUUGGGAGAAAAAACACAACCAACUGGAGAAAAACUUCAUACAUCUGUUUUAUUAAUUCCUGAACAAUGAGGUUUGGGGUCGGGGAACAGCACAACGAUAUCCUCACUUUCUGUGAUUAAUAUUGACUAAUGAAGCUUUACAUCUCUGUCCUCAUAUCUCUGUGUACACUAGUUGAUCAUUUCCUGUUUUGUCCGUGCUUGAGUAUUUAUCUUGUUGGUGUGUAAUAAACUGAGCUAUCAACUGCU